ACUCAUACACCGCGCGUACACGAUAAUAAUAAAUAAUAAUAUUUUUAUGCCGCGGUAAACACAUAGGUACGCCGGGAUCUUCUGUUGCAUGCAUACACACGUACACACACAGUACGAUAAUCCGUGCGCCGCCGUAUAUUGCGGGUGUGUGUGUGUGUAAUCACAGGAGCAGAAGAAGGAAAGUUUACCUUUUUUUUCCCUCUCACUAAAUUAAAUUAAUGACAUUUUUUUUUUUUUAUAAUCGCGUACCCAUCGUACGCCGAACCGAUUUCGUUAAACAAGCGUUAUAAGGUGUAUAAAAAAAAAUACCUAAAGAAAACCGUGCGGUCGUAUACGGUAAUUUUUUUUAUCAGAAAAAUAGUUAAAAACUAAUUGUAAGAUAGUAAAAAAAAAAACCAACAACAACGGCUACUACUAUUACUAUACUAUAACAGACUACUACCACCGCAAUAAUAAUAUAGAUUCCUCGUGUGUUCGCGUUAAUUAACCGUGCAGUUAUUUUUCGACUAGUUUUAAUUAUCUCGGCGCGGUGGGGGGAACAUCGGAAUGUUGUAGCAAUAUGGCGGCGGCCAUGAUAAUGGCACACUCGACAACGUUGACUCUUUGUUUUCGUUUCUGAUAUUGUAUGUGUUGUGUGUUUUUUAGUAAAAAAUUUUACCGUCCCGUACGUUGAUUACGUGUGUGCUGUGCGCUUAACCCUUGUGCUUUUUAUCAUACCCAAAAGAUCACGACGUUUAGUCUAAAUGUGCGAAAAGUGCCGCGUACUCUGCGUGCAUCCAAAGACUGUUGGUCGACAUCUCAGUAAACCGACCCCUGGAACUAACUCAACGACUAUGUGCCACCGGCUGUAAGGUGUUCAAAUUUAGCUUAAGUGAAACAGGGUAUAUUUAAAAGCUUAUAAGCCAAAAUCAACUACAUAUUGACCAUGUAAUUGAUCUUGUUCAUACAAUGAUGAAUAGUAUACUGUGUAAAGCAGUUCAAUGUGUAUGACCGCGUAGUCAGUGUGUCCUCGGCCCCCAGUUAGCUAUGGGCCGCCCGAGGAAGCCGUCGCCAGCAUGAACUCUGCGGCGCCUGCGUCGGGCAAACCAUCCACCCGAUCAUCGUCGUCAGGCUAUCACCAGAAAGCGUUAGCUGAAAUCCGUAAUUCAUUAUUGCCCUUUGCAAACAUCGGUGGCUGCGACAGCAGCGCGGCCAGCUGUGUGUCUAGCAUCUCAAGUGCUUCAGGAUCAGCUACCUCGGGCAUUGGAUCUGUAUCUGGCCUUAGCUCUGUCUCAAAUAACUGUGUUGACAAAGAGCUUAAUGCUCUACGACAGACACUAACCCAAUUAAUAGCCAUGGGAUAUACUGAAGAAGCAUCUUUAAGGGCACUUAAAGUAUCGGGAGGACGAUGUGAGGGUGCCUUAGAUUUUUUAGCCAAACAACAACAAUGUGAUUUGCAAAAUGGGUGUAGCAAAUCGUCAACAGGACUAUGCAGUAAUAGUAACAAAUUAAUCAGAAAGUCGAGCCUAGAAAGAAGUGGAGUUGGGCCGAGGAGCAGUCCCGGGCAAGAUAGUGGUGCAGGAAGCUCGAGGUCUGAUAGUCCUAGACAACCCGAUCUAGUCAUUCACUCUCAUCCUCCUUUGUCUCGCCAAUAUUCUCCCUCUGCAUACUCUGAAACCCCACCACCUCCUCCACCCAGGAAUAACAGUACGCCACCGCCUCCUCAUGUUCCCACACAUAUGCAGCAACUACUUAAACGCAUGUCUCCAGCCCCAGCAGUGCCUUCCCGACCGCCUGCCCCAACGCCAGGAACAUCAUCAUGCAAUUCUAAUCAAAGAGUUACAUCUCCUAUGGUGGUUCAGAAUGGUCCACAAGCUCAGCAACAGUUGUCUCAGCAAAUGCAAGCUUUGAGUAUGACUACUUCAGAACCUCCACCACCUUAUCCUCUAGUCGGCGCUCCCCCACCACCGCCUUCGUAUUCGGCUUCAAUACAAGAAUACAGAAAAUCGCCUUCGUCUGGGGUGUUUUCGUCUGCAGGGUCGUCUAGUCCCAUAUCUGGCUCUACAAAUGGUAGCGUGUCUUCAUUAACACGACCAACCCCACUGCAAGCUUGGGGUGCCCGACAAACCAAGACUCAGUCUCCCAUUAUAAUGCAGUCUGUACGAAGUACUUUGGUUCAAAAACCAGUACUUCAAACUGCUGUUGCACCUCAAGCUCCAGCGCCUACAUCUCCAUCUCCAGUUCCACCACCAUCUUACGCAUCAUCUAUUCAACAGAAACAGCAAGCUCAAAAAGUAGUCCAACAACCACAGCAAGCAUCAUUGUCGUCUUCCUCAUCAUCAGCCGUACCAACAACUGAACCACCUAGCUACGCAAGUACAAUGCAAGCUUUAGCUGCCCAAAGAGUUAUUACAAAUCCAUUGCCUCCUCCACCGCCAUAUGCUGAAGAACAUCCACACAGGAAACCCACACCCCCACUACCUCCCAUACCUUCAUCAUCUAUUGCUAAGAACAAAAUGAUGAAUUGCAACAACCAUCACCAUCACUUUAAUAACAAUAACGGACAUACAAAUGGACAUGACGAGGAAGAUGAUAAUCAGUCAAAAAUUGAUCAUCAGUCUCCAAUUCCCGAGCGUAAACACAUUAGUAAGGAAAAGGAGGAAGAAAGGCGGGAGUGCAAAGUAAAAAAUUAUUCUCCUCAGGCUUUCAAAUUCUUUAUGGAGCAACACGUAGAAAAUGUCAUAAAGUCACACAAACAAAGGGUGUUCAGGAGGGUUCAGUUAGAAACAGAAAUGGCUAAAAUCGGUUUAAGUGAAGAAGCUCAAUGCCAAAUGAGAAAAAUGUUGUCACAAAAAGAAUCAAAUUACAUUCGACUGAAAAGGGCAAAAAUGGAUAAAUCUAUGUUCACAAAAAUCAAACCCAUUGGUGUUGGUGCCUUUGGUGAAGUUACAUUAGUCAGAAAAAUUGAUACGAAUCAUUUAUAUGCCAUGAAAACUUUAAAGAAAGCUCAUGUGCUUAAACGCAAUCAAGUAGCACACGUAAAAGCUGAGAGGGAUAUACUUGCAGAGGCAGAUAAUGAAUGGGUUGUCAAGCUAUAUUACUCAUUUCAAGACAAAGACAACCUUUAUUUUGUUAUGGAUUACAUACCAGGUGGAGAUUUAAUGUCAUUGUUGAUUAAGUUGGGAAUAUUUGAAGAACAUUUGGCGAGGUUUUACAUUGCCGAAUUGACUUGUGCGGUAGAAAGUGUACAUAAAAUGGGUUUCAUUCAUAGAGACAUCAAGCCAGAUAACAUUUUGAUUGAUCGUGAUGGUCACAUUAAACUAACAGAUUUUGGUUUGUGCACAGGAUUUAGAUGGACCCAUAAUUCCAAGUAUUAUCAAGAUGGUGAACAUUGUAGACAAGACUCGAUGGGUGGUGAAGAGUGGGGUGUUAAUGGUGCGGAAUGUAGAUGUCACCAAUUAAAGCCUUUAGAGAGGCGACGCAGAAGAGAGCACCAAAGAUGCGAAGCUCAUUCAUUAGUAGGAACACCUAAUUACAUUGCUCCAGAAGUUUUGCUUCGUACUGGCUAUACACAAUUAUGCGAUUGGUGGAGUGUUGGUGUAAUACUCUAUGAAAUGUUGGUCGGAUCACCUCCGUUUCUCGCUAAUACUCCAGCAGAAACUCAGUACAAGGUUAUCAAUUGGGAAAACACACUUCAGGUGCCACCGUCAGCCAAUCUGUCGCAAGAGGGUGCUGAUCUAAUAUUAAAGUUAUGUACUUGUAAAGAACGACGUCUAGGGAAAAAUGCUGAUGAAGUUAAAGCUCAUCCAUUCUUUGCGGACUUAGAUUUUGAAAGAGGAAUGCGACGCCAUAAACCUCCUCAUGUACCUAGAAUACAGUUCUCCACCGACACGUCAAAUUUCGAUCCUAUUGAUCCAGAACGGCUUCAUAAUUCAGACUCGUCGGACUCUGAUAAUCGAAUAUCUGACUCGGAUGGCAAUCGGCCGUUCCACGGGUUCUUUGAAUUUACAUUCAGACGUUUUUUUGAUGACGGCGGCGGACCAUCGUUCCAUACUAGAAUAAGUUUAGAUGACAAUGAUGGACAGGGUGCUGUAUAUGUUUAAAUAAACCAAGGAAACGGUGCAAACUGCUCAAUUUAAAUUAUUACAUGAAAUUCGAGGAGCUAAUUGUUGAAAUUGACAAUCUUCAGUUAAGAGAUAUUUACGACCACAACUUCAAUAAAUAGUAGAAAUAAGGUGAUAACAUAAAAGAAGCGGACAAAAAAAGAAAUAAUAAAACUGACAAGAAAAUCGAACUACUGUUAAUUAUUUAGAAAUCAUUUCCAGCUUUUUUUUUGCAUCACAUUUCUUCUUUAGCAACAUCUCGAUAUGGGGCGUCGUGAUUCCUAUGAACAUAAGCCUAAUUAAGUUACCAAAAUGUUCUUCAUAUUCUAAUAUUUUUUUUUUUUAAAGCCGCUUUUGUAAUUUAUUACCCUUUUUCUUAGUCCUAACAUUUCUCCCCAUUUAUAUUUAUUUCUUUAAUACUGAACUGUAUAUUAAAAUUAACUAUUUAUAUAGAAUCGAUUAUGUUUCAACAACCAUCUUGCUAUUAUCUUUCAAUUGUUUCUCGUCCUCUUAGAACCAAAAACAAAAAAAAAAGGAACCAAUUUUCUAAUGAAACGGGCUGUGCAAAA